AUGAUGGCAGCUGGCGCUGAGCAGAUGGCGGCAGCUGGCGCUGAGCAGAUGGCAGCGGCUGGCGCGGUGCAAGCGGCGGCAGCUGGUGAUCGGCAGAUGGCGGCUGCGGGCGCUGAAGGCGAUGCAGCACAGGCGCUUGGGGCGAGAGGAGAUGCAGCUGAGAGAGGCCUGGAACUGGUUGGACAAGAACUUGUACCAGCUUCUCAAGCCUUGGCCUUGAGGACACCGGAUGGGUUGGAGAAAGGGCGAGGGUCAGACGCUGCAAAGGGCUCUAGGUCACCAAGGGCAGCCACAGAACCAGUUAGCCAGGGUCAGAAGUCAAAGGAGGGUUCAGUCAGAGGCCAAAAAGGAACCCCAAAAGAAAUAGAACCAGAGAAGCGUCAAGAGAUGGCAACACCCAGUGGACAGCCAGUUUCACUAGGUCCCCAUUCCUUUGUGACACCAGAGGGACAGGUCCAAAGUAUGUUGCCACUUUUUUCACCAGAGCAGACGGUGAAACUUCAUGAGAUCCACCAGAUGCCUUUUGCAUCGCCUGCGGCUUCAUGGAAUGGUCCUGCGGUUGGAGAACAUGGACACGGGGGAGCUGAGCGACAAGCAGUUCCAGGUUGGUUCACAGGGUUGCUUCAAUCAGUAGGAUCUCAGCAAGGUGAACAUGAGGCGAGGCAAAGGGAUUACAUGUGGAGAAUGCAAGUUGAGCAUGGCAUAGAACAUCUAGGGGUUCAGUUGCGUGCGGCACAGCAUGAAAACCAAAGACUUCGUCAAGAGCGUCAAGAGUUGUUGGAAGCCUUGGAAAAGAAGGGAUCGUCGAGGUUUACCACACCAGAUGACAAAGCAGCCAACAUGUUAAAAAAGGAGGAAGGGGCAGAGUCCCGGCAAGAAAGACCUUCCAAGGAGGAAGGGGCAGGUGCCCGGCAAGGAACACCUUCUAAGGAGGAAGGGGCAGAGGCCCGGCAAGACAGAUCUUCUCAGGAGGAUGGGGCAGAAGCCCGGCAAGAACAGUCAGAGAGCGAUUCGUCUUCUGAGGAGCCGCAAAGAGCAAGCAGGCCAAAGGAGAGCGUUGACAAGCAGUCCAUGAGGAUCAUGCUCAAGUUGAUGGAGGGCAUGCAGGAGCUUCAGAAACAGAUUGUGAUCUCCAAGGAGGAAGGAAAAGGUGAUGAGAUUGAAGUGGUGCGCUAUGUGGCGGAUCUCCCAAAACUUGCUGAAUGGAAUCCGGAGACGGCGCCCAUCGAUUUUGGUGAUUGGGUGAUUUGUCUGCAUCCUCAUAUGGCAGACUUGAGCUCAACGAGUGAGAUGUGGUGGGACUUGACCCUCUCAACAGCGAGGACUUGGUAUGAUCACCACAUGAAGCUAUCGCCAAUUGAGAGGUUGACGAGCACACCAAGGCCUACACCAGAGUUGCAGCAGAAGAAGUGGUCCCGGCUGGAAAGAAGGGCUUCGUCCUUGCUCUUGAAUGCGUUGCCGCAGACGAUGAAAGAGGAGGUGAUUGCGGCGAAGUCCAUCACAGCUUUGGGCAUUUUGUCUCGUGCGAUGCUGCAGUUUCAACCUGGAGGGCUGACAGAGAGAAGCGCUAUUUUGACGGCGCUGGAAGCACCUAUGGAAGCUGCAACCGUGGGUUCAGCCAUCCAACAGCUGAGACGUUGGAUGAGAUGGAAGCGCCGGGCCCUUGAAGUUGGAGUUUCAAUUCCAGACAGUUCAAUUUUGAUGAAGGGAUUGGGACGUUUGGUGAGGAAAAUUGUUUCCAGUUACCCAGAUCUCAACUUCCGCUUGUCGUUGGUCAAGAGCUCAUUGUUGGUGGAGACAGUUCCAACGUUGGAGACAGUGACCCAGUACAGCGAACACCUUCUUGCAGAGCUGGAGCAGAUGGGACAGCAGGCAAAAAGGAAGGAAGUGAUGGCAGAGAGCCAGCCAAAGGUGAAGAAGUUUGAGGAAGCCUCGGGAAGCAAGCCUGAAGAAAGGACCAGGCCGAAGGGGAAGCCUCAAGAGGAGUUUGAAGGGAGGAGGAAACCAUGUAGGUUUUACCUCACAGACUCAGGUUGCCGAAGAGGUAGAGGAUGUCCUUUUGGACACCAGUUGGAUGGAGAAAGAAGGUGUUGGACAUGUGGAGGAAAGGACCAUAUGGCCACAGCCUGUCCGACCACAGAGGAGUCCAAGCCGAAGGCAGCAAAGUUUGGUUCCAAGACCCCAGAGAAGGAUGUGAAGUCCGCUACAACAUCUCCUGAAAAGUCCGAGGAGCAGUCUGAGGCCACGGGUAAUGGAGGAGAAGAAACUAUGAAGUCGUUGCUGGAUGAAGCAAGUCGGAUGCUCAAAUCAAUGAAUGAAGGAGAUGUCAAAGAAAAGAGACAGAAAGGGGAGGACGCACAAGAAAGGAUCUUGGGCCUACAGAAGCAGCUGGAUGAGCUCAAGAAGGCUUCUAUGCGACCCUUUCGCAUCUCCAAGUUGUGCCCAAUGGUGAACAAGGGCUUACUGGACUCAGGGGCAACACACCCUUUGCGAGCCAAAAGAAAGGGAGAAUGUCUUCACCAUCUACCAAAGGUCAAGGUGACGCUGGCAGGUGACAAGGAGAUCUAUAUGGCACUCACUCCAACGGGAGUCAUUGUGGGCGAAGAAGGCAUGGAGCCCAUAGUGCCCAUGGGAUUGCUGACUGCAGUCCUUGGAUGUGAAAUCUCAUGGAAGCCAGAAGGUCUUCAGGUGGUGCACCCAGUGCUUGGCAAGUUGGAGGUGGUGGUUGAAGCUGGAUGUCCAAUGGUAUCACAGUCCACGGCCAUGAAGCUCAUCGAGGAGAUUGAGGCCAAGGCCGUGAAGGUUGUGAAAAGUUUGAAAACGGGGGAGGACUCAGAAGAGGCAUGGUUGAGAAGGUUGGUUGAUGAACACCCAGCUCUUCAAGGAAUCCCUGAGGAGGUAAAGAGAAGCUUGGUGGAGAAGCCUGCAACGGACAUCCUACCGUUGGGAAACAGAAGAAGAAGGAAACUUUGGAGGGCGAAGGGUAUGAUGAUUCACGCCUUUUCGGGAAAGAAUGAAGGCUACACAUUGGGAAGGGCUUUUCAUGAGAUUGGAGGUGAUCGUCGAUUGAUGUAUGAGUUUGACAUCACCCAUGGAAAGCCUGAAGCAGAUCUUUCACCUGAAGGUGAGGCCUACCCGCUCUUGUUGAGGGCAGCUUUGGAUGGAUUGGUGAAGGGUUGGAUAGCCGGGCCACCAUGCAGGACCAGAUCGGUUCUCAGACAUCUUGAAGUUCCAGGGGAAGCCAUGCCGAGGCCUCUGAGAAGUUGGAAUGGAGGGGAGUUUGGCAUAGAAGGGCUUUCGAACUUUGAGAAAGAGCAGGUCACCUUGGAUGACACGUUGCUCAUGCGGUUUUUGGUUCUCUACAUUGUGUCAGAGACGGUGCGCAGAGCAGCUGGGCUAGAGACACCCACCACUUUGAUCCUGGAGCAGCCUGCCUCACCUGAACACAAGCCUGAAGUGGUGUCGCUUUGGAGAACACCUCAAUGGAAGAGCUUGGCCGAGAUCUAUGAGCUGCAGACCCAGCGUUUUGACCAGUCAGAGUUUGGGGCCAUAGCUACAAAGCCAACGACUAUAGGAGGAAAUCUGCCACUUCAAGUACCACUUCAAGGAAAGAAAGGGCAACCACGUGAUGUCUCUGGAAUGACCAAGGCAGAGAUCUGCGAAUCGUCCAGGAGAUUGUCACGGUGGCCACCCUUGAUGAUGAGGUCCAUUGCUGUUGCUCUCCAAACCUGCACCAUGGGCGAAGAGGUCAAGUUACGGGCAGUUUCAUGGCAGGAGCACAUUGCAGCAGGCCAUACUCCUUUUAGAAGAGAUUGCAGAGUGUGCCAAGAGGCCUGUGCGCGUGAUGCUCAUCAUCGGCGGCAGAAAUUGCCACCAAAGGCGGGUGUCCUUAGUGUGGACAUCUCAGGACCUUUCAAAGAAGCACCUGAUUUGCAGAAGAAGAAGGCGAAGUAUCUCCUGGUAGCCAGCUUCACUUGGACAGCCAGGAACCAAGAUGGAGAGGAGGAGGUUGAGGAGAUACCUGAAGUUCCCCCAGAUGCGCCGGAGAUUGAGGAUCCAGAAGCAGAGGAGGAGCUACAGCAGAUUGCAGAUCAGGUUGAAAACCCAGAAGAAGGCCCAAAGGAGGACACAUCAGAGGAGCUUGAAGAAAGAAAGCCGGUGAGGAUUGAGGUCACCAAGCUUUGCGAGCCUUUGGCAUCAAGGAGCCAAGAGGAUGUGUCCAGGGCGAUCAUCAACAUGUACAUGCGUCUGAGAGCAGACGGGUAUCGAGUGACACAGCUGCAUAGCGACAGAGGAGCUGAGUUCAGAUCGAGGAUUUUGGAAAAAUGGUGCCUGUCACGCACCAUCCUUCAGACGUUUACGCCUGGGGAUCAGCCCCAAAUGAAUGGACGUUGUGAAGCGAUUGUCCAGCACAUCAAGGCAGCCAUCAGGCGGACACUUCAUGGAGCUGAAGCACCUUUUGAUCGCUGGCCAAUUGCAGCUCGCUUCAUCAAUGAGAAGUUGCGACAGAAGCAGGUUGACAAGGAGAAAAAGACACCGCCUUUUUUGGCGCAAGUUUUGGUCAGAAAGAGGUUUUGGAGAUCACGAGAACUGGAACCAACACAGGAGAAGGUCACUUACCUAUGUCCUUCUUGGGUUCAUCAUGGGCAUUGGAUUGAAAGGGCAGAUGGAACUCAGGCGCUGACGAAGAUGGUCAUGCAGGGCUUGAGUGAACCACCAAAGUUGGAGGAUUGGAUUGGAGUUGAAGAUGCCUUGAACCCAAUCGAAGAGAGGAGAAGAAUCAGACACAAAGCGUCCAUAUACAUGCUGGAGGUUGAGGACGCCGCGGAAGCAGAUGAACUUGAGAACCAAGAAGGAGAUGGCAGAUCACCAAGUUUUGAGGAGGAAGAAAAGGAUGCAUGGGCCAAGAAACAAAGGGUCCAACGUUUGAUAGAGGAGGAGAUGGUUGAGGCCAUGGAAGAUGAUGAGAAAGUUGCUGGCAUGGUGCUGGAUUCCAUCACCAUGGUCAAAGAGUUGAUUGGACCUGAGAAAGGAGAAGAAGUUUUGCAGACACGCAUUGUGUCACAAGCUGAAGUUCGCCGUUCCAUUGAGGUUUGGAGGCCAUCCAUCGAGAAAGAGCUGACCUCCUUGUUUGAGACGAAAGGGGCGCUGAGAAAGAUCACAGAAGCUGAGGUGAAGAAGCUGCUUGACGAAGAUCGAGCAGAACUUAUCCCUAGCAAGCUGGUCUUCACAGUCAAGCCAGAUCAGACCAACAAGGGUGGCAAGAAAAAGACACGAUUGGUGGCUUGUGGGAACUUCUCAGAAAGAGAAGAAGGGCAAGAUCUCUUUGCAGGCGGAGCAUCAGCAGUGGCACUUCGAGCUGCAUUGACGGUGGCAUCACAAUUUGGUUUUGAAGGGAGCGUCAUGGAUGUGAGGACAGCAUUUUUAAAUGCUCCAAUGGUUUUGUCCGGGUCAAAGGAUGAGAAUGGGGAGAAGAUGGAGCCUAGAAGAGCCAUCAUCCGCCCUCCUGCUCUUCUCAUUUUGGCUGGAUUGGCCAAGCCAGACGAAUUCUACGAGGUCAUCAUGGCCCUCUACGGCUACAAGGAGUCACCCAAAUUGUGGUCAGACUACCGUGAUCAGGAGAUUGCAAAGAUGGAGUUACCAUGCGAGGGUGGCAUUUUGACCUUGCAGCAAAUGAUCACGGAGCCAAACAUGUGGAGAAUGAUGCUGAAGCAACCAGGUCCCAACUUGCAGACGAAUGAGGAAGAGUUUGUGGGACUACUUUUGGUCUAUGUGGAUGAUCUUCUGGUCCUUGGUUUUCCCUCAUCCAUCGCUGCAGUCAUUCAAGGGGUGCAGGCGAAAUGGGAGACAUCGGAGCCAGAGACCAUCAACAUGCAGAAGGAGGUGAGAUUUUUGGGCGCGGAGCUAUGGAGAAGAGAAGAUGGAGCCUGGUUGAUGACGCAGACAAACUACAUCAAGGACUUGCUGAAAAGAAAUCUUGGAGCAGAUCCCACUACGUGGCCGACUAGAAAGAUUCCUUUGGUGAAGGAGCCCGAGGUCAUUGAAGGUGAGGAGAAGACUCCAAUGGCAGUCAAAGAAGCCCAGCGAGUCAUUGGUGAAUUGGUUUGGAUCACUGCCAGGUCCAGGCCUGAUUUGGCUUUCACUGUCUCCAAGCUGGCGUCAUUGAUCACAAAGUCACCUAUGCAGGUUGUGCAGUUGGUGAAACCAGUGUGGUACUAUUUGGCAGCCACCAUGGACCAAGGUUUGAUUUUUCAGAACAACAUGGGCGAGAAGCAGCUCAAUGUGUACACGUAUGCAUUAUAUAGCGAUAUCUCAUUUGGAUGCCAUUUGAUCCUUUGGGGAUCGUCGCUGUUGCUCUGGAAGGCUGGCAAGCAGCCCAUUCAAGCUGCAUCGACGGCCGAGGCCGAACUUGUGGAGGUACUUGAAGAAGUUAUGGAGCAGCUGGCAUUCCUAGCGCUGCAGCUGGCGCGGCAGAUGGCGGCGCAGCGGCGCGUGCCCGGCAGCUGGUCACAAAGCGCCCGCCAAGUUCUGAAGCCACUAGAAAAGACUGGAAAAGCUGGAGCACAGGCCCGGCAGCUGGCCACGAAGCGCCCGCCAAGGCGCUGCGGAGGGUUUGAGACCUUCAAAGCACGCCUGGGUGGAGCGAGCAAAGGCUUUAAGCUCCUGAAAAAGAAGCGUGACGCGCUCAAGGCAAAAUUUCAGGCGCUGCUGAAAGAAAUCGUGGACACCAAGUUGAAGGUGGGCGAAGGCCUGAAGGAAGGCGCUUUCGCCUUGGCCAAGGCACACUACGCCAGUUCGGGUGACGACAUCUCCUCAACAGUCAUUGAAAGGGCAAAGAGGCCGUCCAUCACCACGAAGCUCUAUCCGGACAACGUGGCCGGCGUGUCGAUUCCCGUGUUCAAGAUGAACUACGACGCGACCAAGGACUCGAGCGCCCAGAGCAUCGGCGUGGCAUGUGGUGGUGCAGUGAUCAAUGCGGCACGGGAGACCUAUCGCAAGGCGGUCAUCAGCCUGGUGAAAUUGGCGUCCCUGCAGACCGCCUUCCAUACUCUGGAUGAGGAGAUUAAGAUGACGAGCCGGCGCGUGAAUGCCCUGGAGUAUGUGUUGAUCCCCCGGAUCGAAGAUAUCAUUCACUACAUCACCCAGGAAAUGGACGAACAGGCGAGAGAGGAGUUCUUCCGCGUUAAGAAGGUGGUGGAAAAGAAGAAGAUCAAGCUGCAAAGGGAGAAGGAUGAAAUGGCCAAGGCUGGCGUCAAAGCCGAGGCUGCCAUCGAUGCGCCCAGCAUGUUGACCUCAAAGAAGGAUGAUGACCUCAUCUUUUGAGGAUCGCGAUGCGAAAAUCUCCGCGCCCUGCGGGAAAAAA